GCGCCCCAACAAUAGAGUGGUUCAUACCAUUAUCCCCGACUGCUUUGGGGACGUUUUCAUACACACAAACGUAAUUUCACUCUCUCUACCGUAGCGAGAAGACACAUGUCGCGUUGGAGUGAACCUGUUUAAGCUUUUGAGUUGCUAAACUUGGCGUUUCUUUUGACCAGACUAGAUUUCACGUCUAUUCCAUCUACAUCUUGUCGAAGAAUCCCUUUUCGAAAAAGUCGCUGGAUUCUUCUUCUUUUUCUUCUUCGCCGCCGCCUCUUCCAGCAGGACUGAUAUCAGAGUCGCCGCAGCCAUGGAUCUGACCCGGGGAUUUAAAUUCUUGGACACCGUGGCACGCUUUGCUACUCGGUAGAAGAUGAAAAGAAAAUAAGAGGAAUUUUUUACCAACCCCAUCAGGUAGCCUUGUCACAGCUAAAGGAUGCCGCUGGUGAAGAGCACCAUCGAGCCCAGGCACCUGUGCCAUACGGUUCUUCCAAGGAACAUCAAGAAUGAGCUGGAAUGUGUGACAAACAUCUCCUUGGCCAACGUCAUCCGUCAGCUCAGCAGCCUCAGUAAAUAUGCAGAGGACCUUUUUGGAGAGCUGUUCAAUGAGGCCCAUUCCUUCUCUUUCCGGGUCAACUCUCUGCAGGAGCGAGUGGACCGCCUCUCGGUCAGCGUCACUCAACUGGACCCCAAAGAGGAAGAAUUGUCUCUGCAGGACAUCACCAUGAGGAAGGCCUUCAGGAGUUCCACCAUUCAGGACCAGCAGCUGUUUGACCGAAAGUCUCUCCCGGUUCCGCUGCAGGAGUCUCUGCAGACGUGCGAGCAGCCGCCACCCCUCAACAUCCUCUCACCUUACAGGGAUGAUGGUAAAGAAGGACUAAAGUUCUACACGGAUCCGUCUUACUUCUUCGACUUGUGGAGGGAAAAGAUGCUGCAGGACACGGAGGACAAGAGGAAGGAGAGACGGAAACAGAAGCUGGAAAUGCCUUAUCUUGUGUGUCCCAAGAGUCUUAUAAGAGCCCUCUCUGAUACCCCUCCUCCCUUCCUUACUCCCCCAGAGUUGCAGGACCCCCGCAUGUAUGAUCAGGUCUAUAGGUACUUAGACCUUCCAGGGCAGCUAAAGGCCAUCGACCGCCCACCGGAGUCGGAGAAGGUCCCACGUCAGCCUCACGAUCGGAAGAAGGAGUGGCAGAAACUGGCUCUGGGUGCAGAACUUGCUCAGGACAUCCAGGAGGACAAACACCGAGAGGCCAACGGAUCUGCUGGUUACCACAACAACAGGACUCAGUUGUACAUGGAUCAGUUGGACGGGCCCUUCUCGCUGGCGGCGCUGCCCUACAGCCAGAUGAACGAGCUGCUGAACCGCACCGGGGACAGAAUGUAUUCCCGACCCCACGACCCUCCGCCGCUGCCUCCUCCCGGCCACUCGCUGGGAGAGAUCAAGCCUCCCUCUGUGAUCAGCUCCAGUUCAGGUUUUUCCGACAGCAGACCUCAAUCCCCAGCUAGGACAGCGGGCCUCAACUCCAGCACUCCUCCGCCUCCUCCACCUCCUCUUCCACCACCUCCUCCGCCUUUACCCUCCACAGGCCUGCGAGGCACCCCUCCUCCUCCUAUUCCUCCCCUGCCGGUCCAGCAUCAGCCUCCUGCCAUCCCGCCUCCUCCUGCUCCUCUCCAGAUCGCUCCAGGAGUGCUCCACCCGGCCCCACCGCCCGUGGCGCCACCCUUACACUCCUCGUCCCCGGCUCGUCUCCAGCACCUCCUGGAUAAGGGUCAACCCGGAGGCUCCCAGUUAGACGGCACCAUCUUGCCUCCUCCCCCACCACCACCUCCUCUGCCUCUCCCUGGAGCAAGAAGCUCGCCUCCCUGUCUGUCAGGCCCUCCACCCAUGCCCGCUUUCCCUUCAGCAGGAGCCAUGGCCUCCCCACCUCCCCACACCAAGCAUGACGUGGUGACAAAGAGGCACCAUCCAGCCAAUCUGCCCCCCAUCAGCGACGCACGCAGCGUCCUGUUGGAGGCCAUCAGAAAAGGCAUACAGCUGCGAAAGGUGGAGGAGCAGCGAGAGCAAGAGGCUAAACACGAGCGGGUGGGGAACGACGUGGCCACCAUCCUCUCGCGGCGAAUCGCCGUGGAGUACUCCGACUCCGAGGAUGAGUCAGAGUUCGAUGAAGGAGACUGGAUGGAAUGAGAGGGGUUAAAGACAGAGAACGUGUUCAGGUGACCUGGACCUCGACAGCUCGCCGUCAAAAGGAGAAGCUCACUUUUCCACAUUCAAACUUCCUUCUUCUUUCUUUUAUUUUUUAAAAACCGUGUCUUAUUUCUGUCUUGUUGUGGUUUACAUCGGGUGGAGAGUCUCCACUCUUGUCGUUCUGUCUGUUGUUCCACGAGACGUUCGUUUUAUUUCUGCUGGAAUUCUUGUGACGAAGUCCCACCAGUUUACUGCUAGAUGUGAAAACGGAAGGAAAUAUGAAGGCGUCUAUUUUUAGUUCAACGAAAUUCUGCCACUUGGUUGCAGAAAACCGAGUGAACGCUGCUUUCCUUUAAUUUUCUUUUAUUUAUCUUUUAAAUCAUUUAGCUUUACCAGGAUGCUAGUUUCCAGUGAACGGCUUCAACACUCGCUGGGUUUGUUUUUGUUGUUGCAAACUGACCGUACAAGAAGCAACCGAUCGUGUUGUUCUGCGGUGAUUGUUGUGACGUUUAAAGGAGGAUGGAAAGCAUCCGAGAGCAAAUCCGCCUAAUCCCAGGGAAAGGUGCGACGAGUUUUCUUCUGUCGGAGCAGCUUCGUCGGAGCCACUUCUGUAAAUGGUGGAAAUGUCAAAAAGAUAAACUAAGCCAUGAUUUUUUAAAGGUAUAAUUGUCUCCCGUCAUUUUCUCAGACUCUUUGCCACAAAAGUGCAUCCUGAAAGUGACUUUGAGCUGCAGAAGUCUGCCCGAGUAAAUCAGGAGAGCCAGAUCAACACCAGGUACGGCAGCUUUAUCAGAUCUCCAGCAAACCUUUCCUUGUUUGCUACUUCAGCCGUUGUUCGGAAGAAGAAACUCUGCGUCCGAUGACGUUUUGGAAGAGAGAAGGCUGCAUUUGAUUUUGUUCAUUUCAAACUAAAUGUCUGCCAUCAUUCUCGUCCGUUCUUCUUUUCGCCUUACUGUUCGUACAAAACGUACCGUUGAGUUGAUGAAUGUAUCGUGCUGUUACUACUUACUUGCCUGCGCUUGUAUGGAUUUGCUGUUUCUAUGUUAUUUUUUUAUUUGGGGGGGGGGGGGGGGGCACAUCGGUACAGAAACGGUGGUUUAAAGAGAAAAACAUGAAAGGUUAGAUGGAAAAUGUCUACCAUAUAACUUAUGUAACAGUUGACCGUAACAGUUUGCUUGAAUGAAUAAAAAUCUAAUGUUACGUUUCAGCUUCA